GACCAGUGAUAUAUACCGAUGGAGAAGGGCUUGGUCCCAAUUUCCAAAAGGAGCGUUGAGCCCCCGAUCAGACAACUCAGCCCAACCGUGGUAGGGGGUCUGAAAGAGUCAUGGGUCAUCCUGGGAUCCAGAUGUGGACAUGGAAACUGUGUGUCUUCUUGAGCUGGAUGUGCGUGGGCCAAGCGGCGGCAGGACCGCAGUACAUGGUAGCCAUUCCUGCAGUUCUUGAAUCUGGCGCGGAGACCAAAUUCUGUGCCAGUCUCCUGGAGCCCAGCGAGACUCUGGAAAUGAGCGUCACUCUGAUGUCAGAAGAGGCGAAUACAACCCUUCUGGAGAAGACCUCCAGUAUAGAAUUUCAUACCUGCAUUGAAUUUAAGGUUCCUUUAGUGCAGGAUGAAGUGGUGCAGAACUUUGAGGUGGAGGUACGAGGCGACACAUUCUACUCUAAAGAAGUCCGAAAAGUUCUAAUCAAAGUCUAUCAACCAAUGACCUUCAUCCAAACGGAUAAACCGAUCUACCUCCCAGGACAAACGGUGCAUUUCAGAGUCAUCACACUGGAUACCAAGUUAAGACCUGUCAAUCAGCUGUACGAUCUAAUUGCAAUGGAGGAUUCUAACAGCAACAGGAUUGGCCAGUGGCUGAAUGAAACCUCCUCCAAUAGGAAGAUAUUGCAGCUUUCUUACACCUUGAACUCUGAGGCCCGUGAAGGAGCCUACCAAGUUACUGUGUCGAUUGGGUCCGCUAAAAUACAACACAGCUUCAAGGUGGAAAAAUACGUUUUGCCUAAAUUUGACCUACAAAUAAAUGCACCUGAUGAAGUAAGUAUUGAUCAGGAAGAAGUCAAAGCUGAAGUCUGUGCAACGUAUACAUACGGACAGCCUGUGCCAGGCAGUGUUGACUUGAAGGUGUGCCGACCUCUUGAUUCCUAUGUUAUACCCCGUCCAAUCACCCCUGAACAUCCAGAGGGAAUCGAUGUAAUCCCGAUGCCUUGCUACAAGGAGACAAAGCAGACGGACAAGAGAGGCUGUGCCGCUUUCAGCUUCGCAAUGUCAACUUUCACAAGAAUUGCGCAGAAGGCUCUGCAAGAUGUACUGCAACUCAGUGCAAAUAUGGAAGAGGAGGGGACAGGGAUUUCACGCUCCCAAGAGAAGACUACGGUGAUUUCUUAUGUUGUUGGAAAGCUGUCUUUCACCGACACUCCCAAGAUUUAUAACCAAGGAUCAAAUGUGGAAGGAAAAGUUAAAGCGGUUUAUUACAAUAAUACGCCCAUUCCUGCCAUGCCGGUGUUCCUGUUUGAGGGUGAAAGGUGGUCAUCGCGUUGGUUACAGAAUCUCACAACCGACAGUGAUGGCGUCGCCACUUUCUCAUUGAGCACAGCUGCCUUUAAAGGAGACGUCCACUUACAAGUUAGCGACACACUGACACUGGGCUACAGUCCUUACAGAACGCCAUACUACGAGUCUAACGAUCACACGGUGUCUUUGGCCACACCUUCUUCUCCUGAUACGAAGACAGUCAGCUCCCUGGAUGUGAAGAAGAAGGAUGAACCACUUUCCUGUGACGAAGAAGAGGACCUCUCCAUCCAGUACACAGUCGUUGGAGAGGCCCAGGGCUUUAUGGAUGUGAUUUAUCUGGUCUUAUCAAGAGGGGCCAUUGUUUUACAAGGAGUUGAACAGGUGGAAAUCAAAGAUAAAUUGGUGAAUGAGGGCGAGGUGUCCUUUAAGCUGACUGUGUCUCCAGACAUGGCACCAGACGUCCAGGUCGUGGCUUACUCCGUCCUCCCCAGUGAGACGGUGAUCGCCAACAGCGCCGACUUCUCUACCGAGCAGUGCUUCAGUCAAAAGGUGUCUCUGGAGUUUUCUCCGUCCUCGGCCAUCCCAGGAGAGGAGACCAUCAUGCGGGUUACCGCCCAGCCAGAAUCUCUGUGUGGCGUGAGCGCUGUUGACCAGAGCGUCCUCAUCAAGGAGCCAGGGAAGACUCUGGAUGCAGCCAAGAUAUUUCAAUUGUUGCCGGUCACAAAACUGUCGUAUAUUCCAUAUAAUGUUGAAGAUGGUGUAGAAUGUUUGCCUGUGAGACCGAGAAGAUCUGUUCUGCCGUACCCCGGAGGUGAUGGGACAGCUGACGCUUAUACAGUUUUCCAGAAUGUAGGGAUGAAGAUGGCAACAAACCUGGUUAUCAGAGAGCCUUCAUGCCUCAAAUACAAAGGAAGAGAAUACUACCAGGGCUAUGGUGGCUAUGGCAACGAUGCCAUGAUGAAUGAAGUAAUGGCGGCCCCUGUCCGUAUUGGACUUGCUGUGGAUCUUAAUGGUCCAUCACCUGAUAAAUCCCCAGUAGAGACUGUCCGCACUUUCUUCCCUGAGACCUGGAUAUGGGACCUGGUGGAAGUUGGAGAGUUUGGGACGAAGAAUGUGUCCCUCACGGUCCCGGACACCAUCACCACCUGGGAGACGGAGGCUUUCUGUCUGUCCCCUCAGGGUUUCGGCUUGGCGCCGCGUAAAAACCUCACGGUCUUCCAGCCCUUCUUCCUGGAGCUCAGCCUGCCCUACUCCAUCAUCCGGGGGGAGCACUUUGAACUGAAGGCAACCACCUUCAACUACCUGACCAGCUGCAUCAUGGUCACUGUGACUCCAAUCCCCUCCUUAGAUUACACCCUCACCCCCCUCUCUGGUGACCAGUACACAUCCUGUCUGUGUGGCAGUGAGCGCAAGACCCUCAGCUGGACCAUGGCCCCCUCAGCCUUAGGAAUUGUAAAUGUGUCGGUGAGAGCUGAGGCCGUGACAUCCCAAACUUCAUGUGACAAUGAGGUUGUGAGCGUGCCUGAAAGAGGACGAAUUGAUGUGGUCACACGACCUCUCAUAGUAAAGGCUGAGGGAACUGAGAUGACCAACGCCUACAACUGGCUGCUCUGCCCAAAAGGGCAAGCUUUGACAGAGGAAAUGGACAUAGAACUCCCUGAGAACAUUGCUGGAUCUGCCAGAGCUUCAGUAUCAGUACUUGGCGACAUCCUGGGCCGGGCUCUGGAGAACCUGGAUGGGCUGCUGCAGAUGCCGUAUGGAUGUGGAGAGCAGAACAUGGCGCUCCUUGCCCCGGACAUCUACGUCCUGGAGUACCUGAGAGACACCCAGCAGCUGACCCCGGCCAUCAGGAAAAAGGCUACCAACUUCCUGACCAGUGGCUACCAGAGACAGCUGAACUACAAAGAUAACUACGGAGCUUACAGCACAUUUGGAGCAGGACCAGGGAACACUUGGCUGACUGCAUUUGUGUUGCGAUCGUUUGCCAAAGCCCAGACUUUCAUCUACGUUGACCCAGCGAACAUCGAAGCGUCCGUGACUUGGCUGAAAAGUAAACAACGAAAAAAUGGCUGUUUUGAACAGUCGGGAACGCUCUUCCACACCAUAAUGAAGGGUGGUGUGUCUGAAGUUACUCUCAGUGCCUACAUCACUGCUGCCUUCUUGGAGAUGAAUAUGUACAUAGAUGUGAGUUGAUUAUUUGUAAUAGGAGGGUAUAUAUGUACAUAAG